CAGUGUUCCAGAGGGGUCAUCACUUACAUUAAACUGCACGUAUACUGGAAAUGAUCGGGUGAGGGGAAUACAGUGGAUAAACAAUGGCAAAAACACGAGACGAAAAUACGAUAUAUCAAUCAGACAAUCCAAUCCAUGUUCAAUACAAGGAGUACCUGGUCUCAACCUAACUCUCUUCACCUACACAUGUUUAACACUGACUGUUUUCAAUGUGACACGGAACAACCAGGGAGACAUCUUCACAUGUACAGCAAAUACUAUGAGCGGGAGUGCUUGGGAGAAUAUAAACAGCGCAAAUAGUGUUAUCGUCAAUGUAUCAGGUUCUGAUGGUUCCGUUAUCAUAAGUUCAUCAGCAACCAGUGUUCCGGAGGGGUCGUCACUUACAUUAAACUGCACGUAUACUGGAAAUGAUCUGGUGAGGGGAAUACAGUGGGUAAACAAUGGCAACAACAUGGGACGAAAAUAUGAUAUAGCGAUUGAACAAUCCAAACCAUGUUCAAUAUUAAGAAUACCUGGUCUCAAUCAAACUCUCUUCAACUACACCUGUUUCACACUGACAGUGUUCAAUGUGACACGAAACAACCAGAGCGACAACUUCAAGUGUGCAGCAAUAACUGGUGUGACUAUAAGCAGCGAAAAUAGCGUUAUCGUCAAUGUGACAGUGCCGAUAUCAACUGUAGAGCUGACUUCACCGACAGAGACAUAUGUUACUCUGAACGCGGGUGAAUUGAAGAAUUUCAGGUGUCGUACAUCAGGUGGGCUUCCAAAGCCAACAGUGGAGUGGUAUAAGACGUAUGGGUAUAACUGUAACAGGAAUGGCAUCAAGAUAACAACAAACAUGUCCAGUUUACCGUCUGCAAAAAAUGGUUUAAUAGAAGUGGAAAGUUCGCUGCAUUUUAAUGCAUCUAGUUUGGACAAUACUCUCUGGAUUUGUUGCGCAGCAAGUAAUGUCAACUCACAGUGGGAACUUUCACGAUCAAAACAAUUAGAAAUUAGACAUCCUCCACCGAGCCCACCAGUGAUUGACAACUUCAUCGCAAUGUCGUAUUUCAAGAUGAUAGAGAAUAGCACUGAACGACUGACAUGUACGAGUACUGGAGGAAAUCCUCUUGCCAGCCUUGCAUGGAGCUGUAACAACGGUAUCGAGUCUUACCCUAACAAAAGCGAUGGUUCAGUCAGUCGUUCAAUCUCUUGGACAGCGCGGCGUAACCAAGACCCCAUAUGCACGUGCACUGCCACACAUGAAGCGGGACCGCCUCAACUGGUUAAUAUGCACAUCAGUGUUAUGUAUCCCCCUUCAAUCCCAAAGUUCAAAGUAAACGGUAUACAAGUUGGCACCACAAUCAGUUUGAUUAACGGCAGUACUGAGACGGUGGAGUGUCACAGUUCUGGUAACCCAUAUCCAUCUGCAAAUGAUUUUACUUGGAGAAAAGGAAAGGUCGUUGUCAGCUCGAAUUCAAAUUCAAGCUGGAUAGGCGGAAUCAAAAUUCAGGAUGGAGGCAGUUACAAAUGCAGCGUGACAACUACGAUGACACCUUCAGAUACCAAACAAUCUCCAGUAACUACAAUCGAAUCUACUAAUGCAACCAUCGAUGUUCUAUAUUCGCCACGGCUGCAUAAAUUGCAACAGAUUAAUGCACUGGAAGGAGAAACGUUAACUGUAAAAUGCGAAUACAUGCAAGGUAACCCAGGGAAAACAACAGUCCUAAUUUCUCGGUUAAACGAUGGAACCAACUGGACCAAAAGUACACAUGUUUUGCAAUCGUUGAAGCGUAACGAUGCCGGCUUGUACAGUUGCACAGUUCGUAACACCAUGCAACCAACGGGACAAAAUCAGGCAACCGUUGGAGAGCAUACUAGGCAUUUCAACGUCAAUGUGUGGUACAACACUUCUGUGGCCCUGUUUGGUUUAACCAGUCAUCCGAAUGAGAUUAAUGUUACUGUGGAUGAAAACACCCCUCUUAACUUCUUCUGCAAAGUUGACAGUAACCCAAACUCAACUAUUAUUCUUGGAAGAUCGGACAACGUUGCCCUAACAAAGAGAGAUGGGGUUCUUCAUUUGUCAUUUCAUGUUCAAAAAGCUGGCUGUCUUGAUACUGGAAGGUACUUUUGUUAUGGAUAUAAUAACUACACAGAGGCUUGGACGGCACCAAGGGAACAUAUGAACGUUUUUGUUCGAUGUUCACCAAGAUCAUCUGGUGGUCAGACGGAAAGCAAUGUUACAGGAGUCUUUGGCGGCAAUGCAACAUUUUCCUUAGAUGUAGUCGCCUAUCCUGUUCCGAGCAAAGAAGGAUAUGUAUGGCACAAGUGGAAUGGGGCUACGUAUUCUCAAGUUGAUAGCAAUGCCAAAUACAGCGUCAACAAUUCUGGUAAUUCUACAACAUUUACAAUCAAAUCCAUUGAAGAGGAGGAUUUUUCAACAUACCUGCUAACGGUGUCCAACGGAGUAAACCCAAAGUUCAGCAAAACAUUCAACCUAAGUCCUCAAGGUGUCCCUCAGUGUCCAACUGGUCUAAUAGCCAGUUUAACCACAUCGUCUUCAGUUACUAUAGAGUGGGUCAGUCACUUUAAUGGUGGAUUUAAGCAAACAUUUGUAAUUCUGUACAAAACGAUUGAAAGUUCAGAAUAUUUAGUACUCACGGAAAAUGAACUCGACAAGAAGACAAAGAACACAAAAACCAUAUCGAGAUUAAAAGACGGAUCGACGUAUGAUAUAAUUCUGUUCUCAAGAAACGCCAUAGGAAACUGUAGACAAAAUACUUCGAUCCAAAUUGAAACUGAUCUUCUUGUAGAUGAUCCCCCGCCAUCUUAUUCAACACUUAUUGUUGGUUUGGCUGGUGGAAUUCCUGCAGUUUGCGUCGUAGUCGUCGUCGUUGCUGUUGUUAUUGUUGUCGUUUUACGGAAAAGAAGAUCUUAUAAAAAACGCGAAACUCGCCAUGUACUUGCACAAGGCCAGAAACAGCAGUCUUUAAAUGCUGUUGACGAAGAUUCGGAUGAUAUCCCUAACGAGGUUGAGAAUCCAAUGUAUGAUGGCUUUGAGUGUUCAGCAGCGCGACAGGACCCUCGAGAUGUCCUUUAUACGUUGCCUAAGAAAAAGGGUGGCGACAUUUACACUGUAGUAGACAAGAAAACCAAACGACUUAGGAAAUCACAAGACAGCACGAAUCAAAAGAUGAAAGGAAACGAAAUUGCAACAAAGGAGAACUUUAAUUCUGACGGUCUCGUUUAUGCUGAUACUGUUUUUGCUGAUCAACCUAAAGGUCAAACACUCCGGGGCACUCAUGGAGGUGGUGACACGACUGUGUAUGCCGAUGUUGAUCUGACCAAGAAGGCUAAAACUCUUCCUGAAAGUGAUGGAGAAGAUGGUGUUAAGAGAGAAACCAUUCAACAAUAAAAGA